UGCGCUGCUAAAUCUCCUCCGAUCUUUGGCGUUGCUGUGAAUGUUGCAGUGAGCUGAGAACCUACCAAAUCUGUGGGAGAAAAACCUCCUCCCCCUUCGAGGGUUUACUGACCUGCCUUGGCGGAAUUGGGGGUUUUGGGGACCGGGGUCUGCGCUUUUUAGCUUUAAUUCUCGAUUUUUCUAUCGCUUCUCAAUUUUGGUUCGAUUGCCGCUUGGUUCACUCGAAGAAAAUGGGAAAUACUAUGACAUUCAAGCAUUGUAAUAGCAUUUUGUGUGCGAGCGCUGGACUGUUAUUCACUGUUCACGCUAACACGGAUGCCCUCUUGAAGUGUUCAUUUGGAUGUGAAUAUGUGAUUCUUGUUUGUUGUCUGUCCCCCCCCCCCCCCACUUUACUCUGUUUGAGAAUGAUUUAUCAUAUUUAGUUUGCAGUAGAGUGUGGGAAUUAGGAGUUCUUAGCGACUCUUUGGCGUGGCUCAAAAUGAUAGAAUCUUGCUGACUUGCUACUUAUUCUCAAGAUAAUGGUACGGGGAAGAGAUGCUUGUUGGGAACACUGUGUCCUUGUUGAUGCAACACGACAGAAGGUUAGGUGUAAUUACUGCCAACGAGAGUUCAGUGGAGGGGUUUACAGAAUGAAAUUUCAUUUAGCUCAAAUAAAAAACAAGGACAUUGUUCCCUGUGCUGAAGUCCCCAAUGACGUACGAGAUCAUAUUCAAAGUAUAUUAAACGCACCCAAGAAACCAAAAACUCCCAAGAAACCAAAGGUGGAUCGUGCAGCUAAUGGUCAACAAAAUAGCUCUUCUGCUAGUGGUGGCCUCAAUCCAAACCACGGAUCUAGUGGGCAGCAUGGUAGCACCUCUCCAUCUUUAUUUCCACAUCCUUUGCCAAGUGCAGAACCAGCAAUGGAUGAUGCUCAAAAGCAAAAGCAUGAUGAUGCUGAUAAGAAGAUUGCUAUUUUUUUCUUCCACAAUUCUAUUCCAUUUAGUGCUGCUAGGUCAAUGUAUUAUCAGGAAAUGGUGGAUGCUGUGGUGGAAUGUGGGGUGGGCUACAAGGCCCCAAGUUAUGAAAAGUUGAGAUCCACUCUUUUGGAUAAAGUGAAAGGGGACAUAAAUGAUUGUUACAAGAAAUAUAGAGAUGAUUGGAAAGAAACAGGUUGCACAAUCUUGUGUGACUGCUGGUCUGAUGGUACGACAAAAUCUCUUGUAGUGUUUUCUGUUACAUGUUCUAAAGGGACAUUAUUUCUUAAGUCAGUUGAUAUAUCAGGGCAUGCAGAUGAUGCUCAUUACUUAUUUGAAUUGAUUGAGUCUGUUGUUUUGGAGGUUGGUGUGGGAAAUGUUGUUCAAGUGAUAACAGAUACUGCCACUAGUUAUGUUUAUGCGGGAAGGCUUCUCAUGUCCAAGUACACUUCAUUAUUUUGGUCUCCUUGUGCUUCCUAUUGUAUAGAUAAGGUGUUGGAAGACAUAAGUAAGCAAGAGUGGCUGAGUACAGUCCUGGAGGAGGCAAAGACAAUUACACAUUACAUAUACAGUCAAGCAUGGAUUUUAAAUUUGAUGAGAAAGUUCACUGGUGGAAUGGAGUUGAUUCACCCAAGAAUUACAAGAUUUGUGGCUAAUUUCCUCUCCUUGAGGGCCAUUGUGAUUCAAGAGGACAAUCUGAAGCACAUGUUUUCUCAUACAGAGUGGUUGUCAUCCAUUUACAGUAGACGUCCAGAUGCCCAAGCCGUCAAGUCCUUGUUGUACUUGGAUAGAUUUUGGAAGUCUGCACAUGAAGCUGUGAAUGUGUCUGAACCAUUGGUUAAAGUCCUAAGGAUUGUAGAGGGGGACAUGCCAGCAAUGGGCUAUAUAUAUGAGGGAAUAGAAAGGGCGAAGGCAUCGAUCAAAGCAUAUUAUAAGGGUAUUGAAGAGGAAUAUUUGCCUAUUUGGGACAUAAUUGAUAGGAGAUGGAAUAUGCAGUUCCAUUCACCAUUGCAUGCUGCAGCAGCUUUCCUAAAUCCUUCAAUUUUCUACAACCCAAACUUUAAGAUUGAUUUAAGGAUGAGGAAUGGAUUUCAAGAAGCCAUGCUGAAGAUGGCUGCCGAAGAUAAAGAUAAAAUAGAAAUCACUAAAGAACAUCCCAUUUACAUAAAUGCACAAGGUGCACUUGGAACAGCUUUCGCAAUCAUGGGAAGGACGCUUAAUGCCCCGGGUGAUUGGUGGGCUGGAUAUGGUUACGAAAUCCCAACACUGCAGAGAGCUGCAAUCCGGAUAUUGAGCCAACCUUGUAGUUCUCAUUGGUGCAGAUGGAAUUGGAGCACCUUUGAGAGCGUCCAUACAAAGAAACGCAGCAAAGUGGAGCUGGAGAAAUUCAAUGAUUUGGUUUUUGUGCACUGUAAUCUCCGGUUGCAGGCCAUUUGCCAAAGUAUAGAUGUGAAAUGUAAACCCAUUAUUUAUGAUGAAAUAGAUGUUAGUUCUGAAUGGCCAUCUGAGUUUGAAACUUCUUCCCCUCUUUUGGAUGAUUCAUGGUUGGACGAUCUACCCCUUGAAUGUAGUAGAGCCAGUCCUUGAGCAUGUCAGCAAAGAAAAAGAAAAGACAUGAUUUCAAGGAUUAUUUGCUUGAUUUUGUAUAAUAUUGUAAACUCUGCUUAAUGAUAAAGUGAAUACAGUUUAGGUAUUUGAUUAAACAAA